GCGUCGUCGUUGGUUGGCGUGGCGGUCAGAUAAAUACUUAAAAAAAUCUACAAUUUUUUAAUUGAAAAAUAAUUACCAAGCUUAUUAAAAAAUACCAAACUCAUUGGACCAAAGCUAAAUGGCUACAAACAAGAGUUUUGUUAACCAGGUAUGAAUCUAUUCAACAUUUCAUAUAACCAUGCCUAAAUUUGAGCUCUGGAUUUUAUUGCUAACGCAGGUGUCAUUUGCCUGUGCAGUGAUUCCGAUUCACAUAGAAUCCUUCAACGGUUAUGGACAUCCGCAAUAUGUUACAAACUUGAACUGUUCAAUAGGGACAAUUCGGCAAAAAAUGCAAGUCAUGAACUUUGACUGCACUUUCCCUCAGGAAUUUGACAAGCUUAUGAUAAGAUUCAGUCUUUUCAAAAGGGAAGGUGGCCGAUAUCAAAUGUUCAAUAUUGACUCCAAAGAAGAUCUAUGCAAAGUUCUUGAUAAAACUGAACGUUCAAAUGUUGUAAGUCGCAUGAUGCCAAUGUGGAAGUAUUAUGGACAUUUUCCAGAUCUUUGUCCCAUUAAGGGAGAUAUAACAGUGCGGCGCUAUCCAAUUGAUCUGGCGUUUUAUCCUUCAGUUUUUCCAAGUGGGGACUUUAAAAUUGUUGUUCAAAUAAUCGAGAGUAAGCAAAAUAUUGGUAUUUUAAAUGUCACAGCUGGUUUUAUUAGUAUGCAUGUUGGAUGCUGUGACAAUGUGGAUGUCAACUCACCAUCAAUAGAAUGUCCAAUUGAAAUGUCACCAACUGCUGAAUUAAUACUUUUGGCUGUUGUACCAAUUCAAUGA